UACCUAGUUUUUUCGGUCGCAACAUUCUAAUUUGGAAGUUAAGUACAGAACAACAAAUAUGUCUCCCUUUGCCUUCCUUCUUCUCUGCGUCCAGGCUUGCCUGAUCCAGAACGUGUACAGCGACUGUCUCGGCAGAACUACCUUGGGUCUCGCCGCCCCCGCCAUCGCUCCCCUCGGGGUGCCCGCCUGCGGUGCCGCUCUCGCUGGUCCCACCCUGGCUCCCUUCGGCGCCCCCGCCCUCGCCGCCCCCGGUCUCGGCUGGGCUGGUCUGGCCGGUCCCACUGUCGGCACCUAUGGAGGCACUGGAAUCGGUAACGUGGCCGUCGCCGGCGAGCUCCCCGUAGCUGGUACCACCGCUGUCGCCGGACAGGUGCCCAUCAUCGGCGCCGUUGGUUUCGGAGGCGAUGCUCUCGCCGCUGGUGCUGUGUCUAUCGCCGGCAGCUGUGGUUGUGGAUGCGGUACUCCUUACAUUUAUUAAGUAUCUAAGAUCUACCGGAAAAUGACUGACCAAAAUUAAAAUAAUACAUGAUA